UUAUGAGCUGAUGGAGGGCAGCAUUGAGGCUGGCACCCAGGGAAUGUUUGUAUUUUAUGUUAUAAACUAUAAAUUCAGACUGCAUUUCAUUUCCUUUUCAUAUAUUUGCCUGCUCUUCCCCCAUCCACUGCAUUCUCAUAUUUACUGAGCAGAAAGUACACAAGACCUCUGGUCACAUAAAGCAAGAUUUUAAUCACAGGCUUGCAAUCAGCCUGACAGCAAGCAGAAGUCUAUUAUACAUAUAAGCAGCAAUGCUGCAACCAGAUGCUCAGUCUUCUGUGUGCUUCUCUGGCAUGCACCGCAACGCAGACACCGUUUGAUGGGCUGCUGCAAGGCAUUGAAAAGAGGAAAAAGAAGGAGGGGAAAUUAUCAUUCCCAGUCCUGAAGAGGAGGAGAGAAACACAAGUAACAUUGCCCUGUAGGAAGAAGAGACAUGCAAUCCAUCACUCUUUGGAUAGCACUGUGAAAAACUAUGAGCUAUGUCAUACUGGUGGAACAGCUCUAUAAAAAAAAGUGCCUUCUUCAUGGACCACUUAAAGCAGCUGACAGGUGAUGGAUUGGUGACUGACAGUACUCAGUUACUAUGCUACUUCAACGUUUAAGGUCUUUGCUGCUGUACUUCUGGAUUGUGGUCACAUGGGUCUCGGACCAGCCAUGUGAGACUGACUGGCUAAGCUGGUGGACUUGUGGCAUUGUUAAGAGUAGUCUCAGCCAGGAACUUCAGCACCAUGGACAGAAGACUCAACAUCACUCCAGAAACCUUCAACCAACUGCUGAAAGAGCACAAUAUGAGCAGGCUGGAGUUCAUUGCAGCCUAUGGACUCAAGCCACUGGUUUAUAUCCCAGAGCUGCCCCUCAAUGCCAAGGUCAUCUUUUUGGUUCUAUAUAUCAUUAUCUUCAUCUUAGCUUUGUUUGGCAACAGCCUUGUGGUCUACAUCAUUAUCAGGAAGAAAGCAAUGAGAACAGCCACUAACAUCUUUAUCUGUUCUCUGGCUUGCAGUGACUUGCUGGUAACUUUCUUCUGUAUCCCGUUCACUUUGCUGCAGAAUAUUUCAUCUGAGUGGCUGGGAGGGCCCUUUGUCUGUAAAAUGGUUCCUUUCAUUCAGACAACAGCCGUUGUGGCCAGCACAUUAACAAUGACCUGCAUUGCAGUGGAAAGAUACCAAGGGAUUGUCCAUCCACUGAAAAUGAAGAGGCAGUACACAAACAGGAGGGCCUACAAAAUGCUUGGGCUUGUGUGGACAAUCGCUAUUGUAGUAGGCUCUCCAAUGCUGCAUGUGCAGACAUUAGAGGUGAAAUAUGACUUGCUGUAUAACUUGUACCACGUGUGCUGCCUGGAGUCCUGGAGCAAUGCUGGCCUGCGCAGAGCCUAUGCCAUCUUUAUCUUGGUGGCUCUGUUUUUGGUACCACUUGCUGCGAUGCUGCUCCUGUACACCCGUAUCGGGUAUGAGCUGUGGAUUAAAAAGCGCAUUGGGGACUGUUCAGUGCUAAAUACUUUGAGCCGUAAUGAGAUGGCAAAGAUCACCAGGAAGAAAAAACGAGCUGUAAUGAUGAUGGUCAUUGUAGUCCUUUUCUUCACAGCCUGCUGGGCACCCUUCCAUGUGGUCCACAUAUUAUUUGAAUACAAUGACUUGGAAGAAGAAUAUGAUGAUGUCACAGUAAAAAUGAUUGUGGCCAUUGUACAAGCUGUUGGGUUUUUCAACUCAUUUAACAACCCAGUGGUUUACACUUUCAUGAAUGAAAACUUUAAGAAAAGCCUGGUGGCUGUGCUGUUCUGUCACUUUAGAGUUCAAGAACAAGCUGACAAACGGGAUUCUAAUAAUCUGGAGAAGCCCAAGGUUGGGACAUCCAACUUUCCUCAUAGGAGAGAGGGACGGAGCCCUCACAGUCAACUCAGUGCAGAGAACUUGGAACUCCGUCUAUGUGAGCAAUUUCCAGCUGCCAAACUGGAGUCUGUCACCUACCCUCUUGUGAACUCUCACAAAGACCUCCUACCCAACGGACAGUCUGCAUAAUCACUGCUGACCAGAGAUGGGCUUUCAGUCAAAGGAAGCUUUUUACC